GCAGCUAAAAUUGACCUUUUUUGAUUGAAAAUGGAGAUGAAGUUUACUGUCCUUUUAGUCUUCCUUUUCGCCUCAUCUGUUGCUGACUACUGUGAAAAGGCACCCUUUAACACCUACAAGUACUGUGAUUACACUCAGAGCAUACCUGAGAGAGUAAAUGAUCUUCUUAGUCGUAUGACAAUUCUUGACAAAAUACCACAAUUGAUAACUUCUGCCCCAGCUAUACCAAGCCUUGACAUUCCUGCAUAUCAAUGGUGGUCUGAGGGGCUCCAUGGCGUAGCUGGCUCACCUGGAGUUCAUUUUGGAGGCAAUUUUCCCAAUGCAACAUCAUUUCCUCAAGUUAUUGGCCUUGGAGCUACUUUUAACAUGUCUCUAGUGUUGGCAAUGGCUCAAGUAAUAUCAACCGAAGCAAGAGCUUUUGCAAAUGGUGGACAAGCUGGACUGACUUACUUUGCACCAAACAUUAAUAUAUUCAGGGAUCCACGAUGGGGCAGAGGUCAAGAAACACCAGGAGAAGAUCCUUACCUCUCUUCACAAUAUGCUGCUAACUUUGUGAAAGGAAUGCAAGAAGGGGCUGAUGAUACAAGAUAUUUGAAAACAAUUGCAACUUGCAAGCAUUAUGCAGCUUAUGAUCUUGAAAAUUAUCUCAAUCUCUCUCGACAUACUUUCAAUGCUAUUGUAUCUGAUCAAGACUUUGAAGAGACAUACUUCCCAGCAUUCAGAUCUUGUGUGGAGGAAGGCAAAGUUGGAAGUAUCAUGUGCAGUUAUAAUGCAGUUAAUGGUGUACCAAGUUGUGCCAAUGAUUUCAUUAAUAACGAAGUUGCUAGAGGCAAAUGGGGCUUUGAAGGAUAUGUUGUAAGUGACUGUGGAGCUAUCAGUGACAUUAUAAAUUCACACAAGUAUACGUCAAAUACCGAUGAUACUGUAGCAGCUGGUCUUAGAGGAGGCUGUGACCUCAACUGUGGUCAUUUCUAUUCUGAUCAUGCACAAGCUGCUUAUGAUAAUGGAGCUAUUACAGAUGAUGACAUUGAUCGUGCUAUGACUAGACUCUUCACAUACAGAAUGCGAUUAGGUAUGUUUGAUCCUCCAAGCAUGCAGCCAUUCAGAGAUUACACAAAUGAUAAAGUAGACACAAAACAGCAUGAGGCUUUGGCUCUAGAUGCUUCAAGAGAAAGCAUUGUUCUCCUUCAAAAUAAUAAAGAUAUACUUCCAUUGAGUUUGACUACACAUCGUAAAAUCGCACUUGUUGGCCCACAUGGACAGGCCCAAGGAGCAAUGCAAGGAAACUAUAAGGGGACAGCUCCUUAUUUGAUUAGUCCAAUGCAAGGGCUGCAAGAUCUUGGACUUAGUGUCACUUUUGCUGCAGGAUGUACUCAAGUUGCUUGUCCUACCAUAGCUGGCUUCAGCGAAGUCACAAAAUUAGUUGAAGAGCACAGUAUUGAAGCUAUUAUAGCUGUCAUUGGGCUUGAUGAGUCACAGGAGAGUGAAGGGCAUGACAGGACAAGCCUUACUCUGCCUGGCCAACAAGUGCAGCUACUGGAAGAUAUAAAGAAGAAAGCUGUUCCUGGCAUUCCUUUUAUUGUAGUUGUUAUGUCAGGAGGACCUGUAGAUCUUUCAGGAGUAAAGGACAUUGCAGAUGCUAUAUUGUGGGCUGGGUAUCCUGGUCAAUCUGGAGGUCAAGCUAUUGCUGAAGUAAUUUAUGGUAAAGUGAAUCCAUCAGGACGACUACCAGUGACCUUUUAUCCUGCUAGUUACAUUAAUGAGAUACCAUACACUAACAUGAGUAUGAGGGUACCACCAGGACGAUCAUACAAGUUCUACACUGGAACUCCUGUCUUUCCAUUUGGAUUCGGACUUAGCUAUACAACUUUUGAAAUGAAAUGGAAAAAUCCACCUAAUGUGACACAUUUAAAGACAACUCAUGAUGUUGAUGUCAACUAUGAAGUUGUUGUCACUAAUGCUGGUAAAAGGUCUGGAAGUGUUUCUGUAUUGGCAUACAUAACAUCAACUGUCCCUGGUGCUCCUAUGAAAGAAUUGUUUGGUUUUCAAAAGAUUUACUUAAAACCGGAGCAGUCAAUGACACUUUCAUUUGUAGCUGAACCUAAGGUUUUCACAACUGUUGACAAACAUGGUGAAAGGAAGAUAAGACCUGGUACUUAUAAGAUUACCAUUGGUGACACCAGUGAUCUGAAGCAUACAGUAUUUAUAAGAGAAUAAAGUAUAAAGACUGCUUGCUAUAUAUGCUAUCUUUUGCUGCAUUUGCUUCAGCUAUAUAUAGUCUAUCUAGGGUGUGUUUAGAUUAGGUUUUAUAUUGAACUUGCUGCACUGCAUGCAUAGGUGACUUUUAUUUUAAAUUUUAUUUUAGUACUAAAAUAAGGGCUUUAAUAA